AUGACAGCUCCCGUGGAUAAGGUUCCUGCUUGGAAGGUGGAGCAAGGGAAGGUGGCGCAGGUUCGGAUGCUGGCGCAGGCUUGGAAGGUGGAGCUGGGGAAGGUGGCGCAGGCUCGGAUGCUGGUGCAGGCUUGGAAGGUGCACUUGGGGAAGGUGGCGCAGGCUCGGAUGCUGGCGCAGGCUUGGAAGGUGGAGCUGGGGAAGGUGGCGCAGGUUCGGACGCUGGCGCAGGCUUGGAAGGUGGAGCUGGGGAAGGUGGCGCAGGUUCGGACGCUGGCGCAGGCUUGGAAGGUGGAGCUGGGGAAGGUGGCGCAGGUUCGGACGCUGGCGCAGGCUUGGAUGGUGGAGCUGGGGAAGGUGGCGCAGGUUCGGACGCUGGUGCAGGAUUGGAAGGUGGAGCGCCGGAAGGUGGGGCUGGGGGGCUCGGCAGAGAGGGCGGAGCAGGCGAAGUAG